CAUCAUUCCUCAAUUUAGCCUUGCAUUUAUCUUGAGGUUUCUUACGUGCCCUUGCCUGACAGAUAUCAUACCACUUCAUCUAUCCGACUGUUGUAUACAAACGGUCGCGCAUUAACCAUCGUCACUCAUACAAUCUGAAACACAUAUCAACCAUGUCCGACAUCAAUGGAAAAGCGCCUGCCCAGCCGGUGGACCCCCGCCCCUCGGCUUCGGCGCGCAAUAAUUUGGUCAACGUGCAGCCGGCGCGCCUGGAGGACUUGCAGCCCAAGUACGCUCAGCAAAUCCAGCACAGCGAGGACAACCCGGACGCGCAUGGCUGGUACGCAGGAUUCAUCCACGGACUGGGAGAGUUUAUCGGAUGUCUGGGUGCCAUACCAUGCUGCUUUUGUUGCCCAAACCCCUUCAAGCCGGUUGCACAAGGUGAAGUCGGCCUGAUCACAAGAUUUGGACGAUUCGAACGCGCUGUCGACCCCGGUCUCGUCAAGGUGAACCCUCUGAGUGAGCACCUCACGGCUGUGGACGUCAAGAUCCAGAUUGUUGAAGUGCCUCGCCAAAGCUGCAUGACCAAGGAUAACGUCAAUUUGAACCUGAGCUCCGUUAUCUACUACCAGAUCGUCUCGCCUCACAAAGCUGCAUUCGGUAUUUCCAACAUCCGACAAGCGCUCGUAGAGCGCACACAAACUACCUUGCGCCAUGUGAUCGGAGCGCGGGUUCUGCAAGAUGUGAUUGAGCGCCGUGAAGAAAUUGCCCAGUCGACAUCGGAGAUCAUCGAGGACGUGGCAUCCGGAUGGGGUGUCGCAGUCGAGUCGAUGCUCAUUAAGGAUAUCAUUUUUAGUAAUGACUUGCAAGACUCACUCUCUAUGGCUGCGCAGUCCAAGCGUAUUGGUGAGAGUAAGGUUAUCGCUGCCCGGGCUGAAGUGGAGUCGGCCAAGCUUAUGCGUCAGGCCGCCGAUAUCCUGUCCUCGGCUCCUGCUAUGCAAAUCCGCUACCUUGAGGCGAUGCAAGCCAUGGCCAAGACGGCCAACAGCAAGGUCAUUUUUCUCCCAGCAAUGAACCAGACAGUGCAGCAGCAGCUUGCAGCAGCUGAAAAUGCUGGGGAGGGACCCAGCCGAUAUGGACAACAAGCCGAAGAUGGAUUUCAGCGUGCAAUGAAUGCACGUGUGGUCGAGGAUAUCUAAGCACCACGGCAUUGUCUUUUGUGAUAUGGCGGAGGUUGAUGCUUAAGUUGAUGAGUUUGAUGGAGAUGUCGCGUGGUUGGACCUGUUUGGAUCUUGCCCAUGACGUUCUCUAAGACAGCGUUGCUGCUGCUACAUUGUGCUUUUUACAUGGAUGCUGCAGCCUGCAUUCAUGCGCGGAUGAUUAUGACGAUACCCACCCUCGUUUUCGCUUUUGCUUCUGAUACUCCCGGAAUGCGUUUGACCUUCUUUGUUGAUAGUUUCUGCUAUCGCUUUGCUAAUAUCCUUGACCUGAUAAUAUUAUUGUGCUCCGAUCGAGAUUAGCUCGAUAUUGGUGUUAUCAUUGCAGCUGCCACCGUACUGUACCUAACUG